UAGCUACGUCAUAACUAUUGCGUGCGCACGUCAUUACUAUCGCCGGCGAAUUUAAUAACUGAAGCGUGUAAACGUAAUAGUACCGCUAAAUAAAGUCACUUUUAUGGCAUCAUUAUGCCACCGUACAAUAUACUUAAACGCUGCGACAAAAACUAAGCCCCUGUGGUUUUUAAAAACAAAUAGCACUCAAUCAAGGAACAGCUACUGAAUAAUUGAACUGCCGAGGUAUUCAGAGCAGGACGAAUGAAGCAGAUUAUAAUAAGUUCCUAGAGACGCACGCGCGAUGCCAGUUUACCACAAGUCGUCACAUCCGGUCGCGGCGGUUACAUGUUCCGUCUGCAGAGAGGACGCCGCAAACCCCAAACAGCUUGCAUGCGACCACUCCUUCUGCCAGCAGUGUCUACGUCAUCAGGUGGCCAAACUCUCCGAUCUGUUGGAUCGCCAGGAGCGCGUGACCAUCGUCUGCCCGUACUGCCGGGACUACAUUCUCUCCACCGCCAGCUUUCUAGGCAAAUAUUCGAACGCCGUAGGAAGACGGAGUAUUCGCCGUUCAAAGACGUCUCUCGGACACGUUUCUGUUUCUGAAUACGGUGCGAAUUAUUCUGCAGACAGAAAGGCGGAGAGAUGUCAACCGUGCGCGGAAGGAUCAAUUUACGAGUUGGCCGUGUUUUGGUGCAUGAAUUGCUCCGAGUACAUGUGUGCCGUCUGUGCGAAGUACCACCAGGCCAUGAGAAUGUCAAAGGACCACGUGGUUAAGACGACCCGCGAUAAAGAAAGGUACGCCGGGAUCAAAUCCAAGGUCAUGUCCACAAGACCGGUUUCUGCCCGGGAACCAAAGCCCACGCAUGCGCAGGUUUCGAAAUGUAAAGAGGGCAGCCAUAUUUAUUGCGAGCCAUGCAGUCUAGGGAAGAAAACAAAGGAUGCCAACUACUUCUGCGACAACUGCAAGGAACAAAUGUGCGAGGAAUGUGGCAGGUGUCAUCGUAACAUGAAAAUGGCCAAGGCGCACAAGAUGCUACCGAUUUCCGAUGUCGUUUCGAAGGCUGAAACAACUUACAGCCUCGCGGUAAAGUGUGACCGUCAUUACGGUGAGACUUUGAGUCUUUAUUGCAAACGCUGUAAAACUUCAUGCUGCGCCGUCUGUGCGAUAACCGUACACGGAGGUUGUGGAAAAGCGAGAGAGAAAAGCGGAGAUCCGCCGAAAGAAUUGGUCGAAAAGAAAAAGGCUACAGACGACACUACCAAGGAACAGACGCGCAGUUUCAACGCAUUGGAAAAGGCUGCACAUGACCUGAGCAAUGGAAAGACGGUUUCAUUCAGCAUCAAACCGAAUGCCGCGGCACAAAGUGCGAAAUCAUACCCGAAGAAGAAAAUGGAACUGCGAAAACGUCGUCUCCAGUUGGACUCGAAUAACGCCAAGGAUUGGGUCAUCUCGAUCACGUUGUUAACAAGCGGCGACAUGAUACUGAUUCAGCUGUACGCUCCGCUGCUGAAAAUGAUAGCUCCGGAUGGUACGCUAAUAUCGACAUGUCGUUUCUACGGCGAACCCUGGUCUGUUGCCGUCUAUAACGAUUCCCUCGCUGUGGUCAGUUUUUCUGACCGGAAGCAGUUGCAGCUUAUUCAUAUCAGCCGCGCUGGUCUCGAGAGCGGAAAAAAGUUCAGCACACGCCAUAAAUGUCUCGCCGUCUGCUUCGCAAAAAACAUGAUUGCGGCUACGUGCUGGGAAGGGUGUGUGCACGUGAUGGACGUCACAGGAAAUGAGCUGGCGUCCGCGGACACAAACCACCGCGGUGACCGGUUAUUCACCAACCCCGAAUAUAUCGCCUCCGACAAAAACGGCCAUGUCCUUUACGUGUCGGACUUUAAGAGAAACGCAGUUACGGCGCUGACACUGCUGCCGUCAAAGAUCAAUAACAGACCGGCGUUUGUCUUCAGUCACAAAGAGCUUCAGGGGCCAAAGGGAGUUUCAGUCGAUAGGGACGGCUUCAUCUAUGUUUCCGGUAUGACGAGCAGAAACAUCUUCCGGUUGGCGUCUUCUGGUGAUCUCGUUCAGAUCUUCCGUCGGAGAGAGGACACUGAGUUUUACGAAGCUUUGGUUGUGUCCCCUUCGGCUGACAAACUGUUUGUGACAGCUUAUGAAGACAAUGCGGUUUUAGAGUUCAAACUGAAAGAUGCAUAAUACUUCAGUUCGCAAAUUUUAUCACAUAGACUACAUUGCUUCAUUAGAAGAGUUUACCAAUGAAACCGAGGAUUUCAACCAAACGUUUAACAUUUUAAACGAAAAAAAUUGAUGCUUAUAUUCAAAUAUGUUACGAAAAUCGAUAACCGCUCGCUAAGAAUAAACAAAAUGUGUUAUUCCCAGUGUAACAAAAACUCCAUGUCUGUGAACAAUUGCUAGACCCACCAUUGAUUGCUUUCACAGUUACAUACUAUGGUUGAUUGUACCAAGCAUAGAUAGUGAAUAUUCCAUUGGCGUCCAGCGAUUUCCAACAUAAACAUUAUCAGUUAUAUCAUAUCGUAGAAAGGAACAUCUUGAAAUAGAGGUACUGAGAACUAAUCCACUUUUACUGUGCAUUACAUUUUAUUUUAUGGACUGAUAUGUGUAUGUUUAUUUACAAUAUAUUUACCUUAAUUGAAGCAUAUUUUCGUUCCUAUGCUGUUUUGAGCUGUUUAAACAAUGUUCAAAGUUUAUUGUUUAAAUUUAUAAAAUAGAUGUCAAAUGACAAUGUAACUUGUGUUUUUAGGUAGUAAUGUGUGUAUAACAAAUAAUGUGAACAUGAUAAACCAUGGUCAUGGUAAGAAUAUUUAUCGUGUUUUCUUGAUUAGUUUGUGUGAACUGAGCAGCAAAUAAAAACUAACCAAUAUUAUUAUGA